AUGUCAGUAAUUACCAUCACGACGAUGAAUCUCAGCCUCCCAUCUCCUUUCUUCUUGGCUGGGAUCCCCGGACUAGAAUAUCUCCAUGCUUGGAUUUCUUUGCCCGUCUUUUUCAUGUACUUAGUUGCUUUGUUGGGAAAUGUUUGUGUUCUGUUUAUCAUUAAAAACGAGCCAAGUCUCCACCAACCCAUGUAUCUUUUAGUCUUUAUGUUAUUGUCUGCCGAUCUCGUCAAGUCUAAUUCCACCGUCCCCAAAAUGCUUCUUAUCUUCUGGUUCAACAAUCGGGAGAUCAUCUUUGAGGGUUGUCUGAUCCAGAUGUUUUUUGUCCAUUCUUUUUCUGUCAUGAGUUCCUCUGUGCUCUUGGCCAUGGCCUUUGAUCGCUAUGUGGCGGUGUGUCACCCGUUGAGGUACGUCACCAUCCUCAGCACCCCGGUCAUCACAAAGAUUGGCAUAUUAGUGGCCAUGAGAGGAAUUCUCUUGAUAUUCCCACACCCAUUUUUGGUCAAGAGGCUGCCAUUUUGUGGUAGCCACCUUAUUGCACAGACCUAUUGUGAACACAUGGCAGUAGCCAAGCUUUCCUGUGGUGACAUCAGGGUUAAUAGUAUCUAUGGGUUAUUUGUCGCUCUCUCUGUGGUGGGAGUAGAUAUUGUGUUUAUUGCAGCGUCUUACACUUUGAUAGUGAAGGCCGUCCUGAGGCUUCCAUCUCACAAGGCUCGGCGUAAAGUUUGGAACACUUGUGUCACUCACAUCUGUGUCAUUCUUGUGGCUUACAUCCCAGCGCUCUUCUCAUUUGUGUCUCAGAGGUUUGGGGGGCACAAGGCGUCACCCACCAAAAUCCUUCUGUCCAAUCUCUACCUGAUCUUUGCUCCUAUGUUAAAUCCGAUCAUUUAUGGAAUCAACACAAAAGAGAUUCAGAAGAACGUGGUGAAAAUCUUACAUUCUCAGAAGUCACGGAACCUGUAA